AGAAUCACUGCCUAGAAGAUGCCGAUCCCUCCAUGUCUCUUCUGGUCUGAUAAAGAAGAGAGAGAGAGCGUACAGGUGGUGAAAGAUGACACGCAUGCCACAGCCAUUCUUCCCUCAUGCUAAUACAUUUCAUCAAGGCAGUGCACUUGAAGGCCAUUUUCACACAUAACUAUUACACCACUGAAUUCAAAUAGAGCCCAACAUGACAGCCAUCAACUCAGCGGCAGUCUUCCACCCGAGCAGGGAUUUCCUGCUCUUCUCAGCAGCCGUUGGUCUCCCCCUCAACUUCGUCCGCUUCUGCAUCAUGGUCCGACCCGUUGCACUCUUCACAUUUAUCCUCCUCAUCUUCUCCGCCAUCUUCGGCUUCACCAUGAAACGCCUCCAUCGACAAGGCGCGCACCUCAAGGCAACGUUCGCCACGCCCAUUACCGACCCGUUGAACUGUCUCAUUGCCGAUGUAUUGAUGGGUAUCCUGUCGCUCUUGACCCUCAGCUUCACGUGGACGCACAACAGGUGGCAAGAUACUGGAGAGACUUUCCUGGUAGCUUAUUCAUCGACACCGUUGAUGUUUAACAUGUUUCUUCAUUUUUAUCUGGCGCUGCUUGUGUUGUUGAGGACAAGCAAGAUGAAGGACAUUGUGAGGGAGCUCGUGGGGGAUUUGGUGUCGAGCUCGCCUCAGCCUUGCCCGCACUGUCAUGGUCGACCGGAAUUUCACGAUGAUCAUGAUGAAGAGCAGCCGCUGGUGACGCCUCCUGCUGGAGAUCAUGAGGACACGCAUCAGGGCGGGGCUGGUCCUUCGACCGUCUGGAGCCGAUAGAUGCCGCUAAAUCGAUUUGCUUGGCAUGGCAAAUUCCUUUCAGAAUUACUGCCAAGAAUAUCUAUAGUCAGUACCGCGUAUGGACAACCUUUUGCUCUUCACUACUGGCCAGGACGAUCAGGAGAUUGGAAAAGUGGUAUCAUGAUUUCUAUAUAGCCUCAUCGAUAAUGCCAAAAACCAUUAGUAUACCCAAUUGACCUCGGUCUCAUUCGUCAACGG